AUGAUAAUUCAGUGCCCGACGCCGAGGCGGUGGGCCUGCUACGCAAACGAGUGGCUGGAGCGCCAGGGCCUACCCCGCUAUCCACUGCCUGAGCCCGACGACAAGCGCGGGGCGACGUGCAUCCACCCCGUCGUCGUCAAUUAUAAAGGAGCAAACAUCUCGAUCCUGUUCCCGCACAAUCUGUGUACCCGCGAGCGCUUGGCCGCCGACAACUGCUCAAAAAUACUCCCGGACUACAACGCGAGAACCCCGAUGUUGAGCACCGACUAUGUGGCGCAGUGCGACACCGGCUACGCAGUGCCCGCUGCGAUCGCCGAGAAGAACCGCGGGGGCCAAUGUAUCGAUAACCUGGGCGAUGCGGCUGGUUUCGAGGAGUACGAGACGUCGCCGUUCCCCGAUGAGAUGCCAAGCUGGGACGUCAUAGAGGUUAAGUUCUGUGACCUGCAAGAGGCGCCCGGCGAAAAGCGCAUGUGCGUGGCGCCUCCUAUGUGCGAUCAGCGGCUUCGAUCAGGCGUCCCGUCCAAAGACAUCCUGCCGCAUUGCCAUCAGCCGUGCGUGUACAACGUCAGCCCGAACCAGUACCGCGACUGUCAGCCGCUCGACCUCCGAAUCGGGGAGUCGCACCAAGCAAGGGUCAUCGCCGGGUACCGGCAAAAGUCGAGUCCCCACGCGACGCUCAUGACCCGCGCCGAGAACCUGAAGCUCCUCCCCCGGUCGGCAGACGAGCGAGCCUAUCCGAGAUUCAUGGUGGGCCUCGGCUUCGGGCCGGGCAUCGUCGUCGGAGCCGUGCUGCAGUGUCUCGUCUGUUGCCUGUGCUUCCGGCGUCUUUCGAAAAAGGAAGACGCCAAAAAUGCGCCACCUCACCCACCGGAAGCGCCCGAGUCGCCGCAGACGCCCGAGACGCCCCUCCGAUCGGCAGAGGCCAUCAUUGUCGGCGUGGGCGACGAUUUCAAGACCAUCGAGCCCCCAUCCACCGACGCCAUUCCGACAAUCACCGACCAAGAUUUUGCUGUCCCGCGUCAGGCGAGCAAGUCCAAUCUCGACUCGUCCAUGCCGAAGCACCAGAAGUACGAGAAGACGGAAGAAUAUGGUGCCGUCCCCACACUUGAGCCGGUCGGCGAGCCGCUGCCCACGCAGCCACCUCGCGACGCCUCCAAGUCGAGGUCGCGCCACACCGACCCCGCCGAGCUCGACAAGCCUGGAGCCGUCAAGCGAACGGCUAUCUCGAAGAGCGGAGGAGGAAAAGUGAAAUCCGGAAACGAUGCCUCGGGGUCGAGGAGGCCAAAGAAACCGAGGGCCCGCUUUGGUAAUAAGGUGGAGCUGCUCGCUGAACAGGAACGCAUGAUGGACGAGAUGGACUCGGUGGAA